AUGGGCAAGAAAAGAAAAGCCGGCAAGCUCUCAUCCGCGAAGCAGAGCGGUCCGGAUCAAACCUCCAGAUUUGAAGCGGAUUCCAGGUUCGCCGAUUCGGAGGAUGAAUUUGAACAGAGUCGGGAUCGCAUUCUCUUGGAAGAAGCCCCCGAGGCAAAGAGGAGGCGUAAAUUAGCAGAGCAAGAGGAAUUUUUUGUACUCUCCGAUGAAGAAGUGCUUGGGUAUCAAUCCGAAUCUACAGACGACGAAGGUUUUGACGAUGACGAUGUUGAUGUCGAGGAAGAGAAGGAUAGUGAUUCCGGACCAUCUACACUGAAGAAGUCAAAGCUACGUCCCUUCAAUGCUGCCACUCCGGUUGAUGAUGACGACGAGGAGGAGGGAAAGGGAGAAGAGGAUGAAGGCAUGAAAGGAUGGGGUUCAUCGAAGAAAGAUUACUACGAUGCCGACGUUAUCGAAACAGAGGCAGACGCAUUUGAGGAGGAAGCUGAAGCCAAAAAGAUCCAACAACAGCGACUACAAGCGAUGAAUGAAGCGGAUUUUGGAUUCGAUGAGAGCGAAUGGGCCACCUCUGUCAAUGAUGGUGAACAUGGCCGAGAAGGCGAGAACAAUGUCGUCAUAGAGGCUUUACCUGAGCUGCAGGUGACAGACGAUAUGAGUGUCGACGAACGACGGAAGAUUGUGAAGCAACGAUACCCUGAAUUCGAACCUCUUUCGAAAGACUUUCUCUCUCUUCAACACCUGCAUGAGGAAUUUGCAGUUGCAGCACAAAAUGCAGAGAAUUCUGUGAAUGGCAGAGGUUUGUCACAUCAAGUCGGUGGUGACCAUGUUCCGCUACCAGUGAUUAAAUUCCGUACUCUUUCUGCCUAUCUAGGCGCUAUCAGCAUGUACUUCUUUCUCCUGACAUCCCCUUCAAGAAACGGAGAAACGCGCCUCGCAAUGUCCCCUGCUGAGCUAAGAGAACAUCCAAUCAUGGAAACCCUAAUCAACUGUAAGAAGCAAUGGGAGGAAGUGAAGGAUGCACAAGAAAUUGAGGAUUCUGAAAUGGAAUCAUAUUAUAGCAUUGAUAACGACCAAACAUCAUCUCUGUCAGCACCAGCCACGAAAAUCGCCGGGGUGAAUGAGAAACCCUUCGAACCCACACCGGUCUCCAAAUCUAAAAGAACCAAAGCCCAGAAGGCCGCGGAAGAUGCCAAAGUACUCUCAGAAAAGAAACGAGCUGAGAAACUACGCCAGACCGAGGCUGAGUUGGCCGACCUUUCAACUUUACUUAAUGCCCAAUCAACCAAAAGAACAUCCAAGCAUGCUCAAAAAUCCACAUCAAAGGACGACGAUUCGGACUUCGGCGACGAAGCGGCCCUCGACACCCUCGAAGCUGAAGAAAAAGCCAAGAAGAAAAAAUCCCUACGCUUCUAUACCUCACAAAUCGCACAGAAAUCCAACAAACGCGGUGCUGCUGGCCGUGAUGCUGGCGGUGAUACAGACUUACCAUACCGGGAGCGGCUGAAGGACCGUCAAGCCCGUCUCAAUGCCCAGGCUGAGAAGAGGGGUCAACGCACGCCGGAUGAUCUCCACGCGCUUGGCGGAGAUAGCGACGACGAGGAUCGUCGUCUUGCGAGCGAGGUACGAGGAGACAACAAUAAUAAUAAGAACAAUAAUAAGAGCAGCGCGGACUCAGAUUCAGACGACUACUAUGAUAUGGUUGCUGCACGGUCAAAGCAGAAAAAGGCAGAUAAGAAGAAACUUGCUGACGAGCAUGCUGCGGCUGCGCGGGAAGGAGUGCGGUUUGAAGUCGAGGAGGCCAUCGGGGAAGAUGGCAAACGGGCCAUUACCUAUGCGAUCGCGAAGAAUAAAGGGUUGACGCCGAGGCGGAGUAAGGAUGUGCGGAAUCCAAGGGUUAAGAAGAAGAAGAAAUAUGAGGAGAAGAAGAAAAAGUUGGGCAGUAUUCGUCAGGUUUAUAAAGGUGGUGAAAAGCGUGGUGGGUAUGGUGGGGAGCUUACUGGUAUCAAGACCAACUUGGUUAGGAGUGUGAAAUUAUAA